AUGGAUCGGUUAAAACCACUCAAGGGUCGGUCCCGAGGGCUUUCGGUCAACAGUAUAUCAGAUGCCCAGCAGCAGGCAAUGAACAGCUCGCUGGACAACUUGCAAGGUGAUCUUAGUCGGGUUGAAACACAAUGGAAUAGAAUCUUGACGGAAUAUUCCAAUCCAUUAGAGCUGGCUUUAUCAUUUCUGGACGAUACAUCGGUUGGACUGGGGCAUAGAUAUGUCGAUUUUAAGCAAUUGAAGACACGUAUUGGGUUCGAUCUACAGGAGGCUGUCAACGAGCAUUUUCAAGUGUUGAACACUAAUGUAGCUUCGUACAGCAUUGCUGUUAAUGCAAUCACAUCUGCGCAGGAUAACAUUCACCAAUUAAAAGAGCGGGCAAUUCAAUCCACCAGUAACAUAACGAUGCCGAAGGGAUCUCUAAAGGAGCUCAAUGAUGAUGCGAUGAAACAAAAUGAGAUGAUCGGUAUACUUAGCGCAGUUGAGGAACUAAUUCAAUUACCUGAAAAAGUGGAAGAGCUUAUUAGAAGUGCGGAUUACAAGAAUGCUCAAAUAUUACUCGCUCGGGGGUUUCUCUCUGCAACGAGUCAUGAUCUUUGGGCCCUCGAAUCAUUGCAAAUUUUGAAACAACAACUUGAAUUACAAGAGCAUGUUCUUUUCAAUAAUCUAAUUGAAGAAUUGCACGAUAUAAUAUACUCUAAGAAAGGUACCUUCAUCUCUAUGAGGGGCAUCCUCAAAGACAUAAGCUCAAGCCAGGAAGGAUUCAGCAGUUUAGAGAAUUAUCUUUACAAUGUUUCUAAUGUGGAUCUAUCAAAGGACAUUUUAAGCGUCAACGCAAAAUUAUCCCAAUUCUUGAAAAAUGUCCAAAAGCCGGCCUUUACUUCCACACUAGUCCAAUCUAUGUCAAUCUCAGAAAACGAAUUUGAGCGCUUAUUUUUCCUUUUAUCAAUUAUCAACGAUCUUAAUAAGCUUCCAACGGCUCUGAGUAUAUUGGCGAAUAGAGCAAAAGAAGAAUUACACAAUAUUAUCUUGAAAUCCACAGAAGAAGUGCGGGUGAACCAUCCAUCACUUCUGAAGAUUGCAGGAAGUGUCAACGUUGAUGACGAUUUUGGAAUACCAGUGAAGGAUGUUUUAUCUGUGGUAAUGCGGGAGUGCUUUUGGAAAAUCUUUGCCAAGUUUUUGGUGGCAGCUCAGGGACACCGUGUUGUCUUCGAUACUGUCAAAAAAUUGUUCCCCUCUGCAUCACGCUCUAAUAUGUAUAAAUUUGAGUCGGUAUGGACCAAAUUGUUGGAUGAGAUAGAGGUUUUGCUUUCCAGAUACCUGGAGAACUCGGACAUCAUAGUAGCGGACGGUACUCGACAUAGAAGCGGUAGUGCAGUUUCCAUGCCAAAGAAGAAAGAAUCGCCGCUUUUCACUUUGCAGCAUAACAUAGAGGAUAGUUCGACUGCGAAACAGCAUGCCAAUGAAUUAAUGGCUCUGCUGAAAGACAUUUUCCCUGGGAUCACCAUUACAGCUAGUACAGAGCUGGAAACGAUAUAUGUUGAGGAAGAAUCUUUUGAACAGGAAGAACCUUUGGUAUCUGCAUCUAUUUUCAACAUGAAAAUUUUACUUGAACCUUACCUACUCUUCUGCCAGGCGACAUCAGAUAUCAUACCAAGUGAACUUCAGAAGAAUAAUAUUUCCUCUAUGAAGUUCUUCAAAACCUUCAUGAACGACCGUUAUUUUCCCAGCCUUGAGAUGACAUUUUCAUAUUUCUUCGAAAAGAAGGUCGAAUCAAACAAUCCAUAUGCACUCGAAAAUCUCGAAUCCAACAAAUACGUAUUCAAGGCGGCUGCUGAUUUUCGGCUAUUACUGAGCAAGCUUUUAUACGUCCUAAACACAACGCACAGGUUCCGGGAAAAAAUCUUUAAUGCAGUUGUGGAGCUUUUGCACCGAUUUUACAUGUACUAUUUCAACCUGUUCGAGGGCUUAUUUAGUACUUCAGCUUCCACCGUUCAGCAAAGAAUAAUAUCAGUAUGGCUUGCUGAUCAAGACAUCAUGGAAACAGAAAGUCAAAUUCUAAAAGGAGCUGAAGGGUCUGCCGCAAAGGAAUCAGAGCUCUUGAUGAAGCAUUGCUCUGCAUUUUCAUCGAAGGAAAGAGGUUUGCGUAGAGAGGACAUUCUCAACACUGUGACUGUUGACGCCGUGAUUCACUUUUUGGGUACCGUUUGCUGGAUUCUAAGUUGGUUGCCAGGUCUGCGGAAGGUAAUAAAUACAAGCAACCAACAACCUGAUGACAUGAACGUCGAAAAACUCAGAACGGACUGGUGCAUUUUUGAGUUGAAUGAUUCGGCGGCUCUCGAGCAGCUGAAUAAUCUCAAGAUUAUGAUGAAUUCUGAGGUAGCUGGCAAAUUCGAUGAAAUUGUCAAUGGCUUUUCAUCUUUGCAAAUUAAGCUGUACUCUGCAAUUAGAUUCGAUACAAAAGCACGCUGUAUAUAUCACAUCAGCAAGAUAUUCAAUACCGCUGAUGCAUGGAGCACUGAUGUUGCCAGCAUUGAGCUGGAUGAACACAUUUCAUCCCUUAUCACCGAACUGAAAACAAUUGAGAAUAAAAUUAGACAGCAGCUCUCGGAGGACAGUACUGAUAAGGUCUUUACUGGAAUCGAUUCCAUUGUUGAUUGGACCUUCAUCAAUGGAAUGGACUCAAUUCCAGUUAUGAAUGGAAAUGGUGUCAAGAGGAUGCUGAAAAAUAUUAAGGUCAUACAAAAUGCAUGUCAAAAUUUUGUAUCAGAAACUUCAAUGAUCGACAUGAGUCAAAUUCUAAAGCUAUACUCCCUCUGUGGCUCAACAGAGUCGGACCUCUUCCAACAGAUUCAGGAAGGCAAUCUAAACCACUGCUCUAAAGAUAUCCUCAAAACCGUCUUAAGGUUACAGUUUAGCGAAGAACUACAAAGGCAAAUAAGAAGAACGAGUGGUAGCUCAAGAAGAGUCAACUCGAUGCCGCUGAAUAAAAGAUAUAAUGAUGCUCUGAAGCGGCUUGGAGCACCAUAG